GGCCAUCACAUGCCUGCGACACUGCAAGCCGUCCUCGUGACAAUGGAUCAAAGUCCGCCUCUCUUUACGGUCACUGGUUGCACAUGAUAGACUCUUUCUCCAGCUCAGUCUGUCGGCAAGCACUCGUCCUUGACCGUGCAAUGCUACGCCCUGGAUCGUAGCUGACUCGCAGUUCUGUUGUUGUUGUUGUUGUUAGUAACGACGACACGACGACACGACGACACGACGACACGAUGGCGGCCCAGUCGACGUUGCGCCAUUCAGCGUCGGAAGAAAUCAUCAUAGCCUUCGUCGACAAGUACCAGAAGUUAUUCCAGGACCGCCUGCGCAAAAGCUCCCGACGCACCAAGAUCCUCGCCACCAUCGCCCUUGCGACAACCCUCAUAUUUGCUGCAGAAGGCAGCAAGAGAUGGUGGAAACGGAGGCGUGCCGAGAAAGAGCAGGGAAGGAAACUGGUACGGACAAAUUCGUGGCUGCUCAAUAAAGAUGGCUCCCGGACGAUAUACGUCCCCUACAAGGAUAGCACCUCCAAGGUGGUCAUCCGUAGGACGAAAGCCCUGACCUUCGAAGCCCAUCGUCGACUCUUCCUGAAUCCACCCAAGGUGUCGGGUCUUGGGGACGGCACGGUUCCUUCUGCGCAGACGAAGCCGGGUCUCAAUCUUGCCUUCUUGCACCAGUUUUUGAGCUUGAUGAGCAUCAUGAUACCCCGCUGGACCAGUAAAGAAGCGGGGUUACUUGUCAGCCAUGGUGUCUUCCUAAUGCUCCGGACAUAUCUCUCAUUAGUGGUUGCGCGUCUGGAUGGUGAAAUCGUCCGCGAUUUGGUCGCGGGUAAUGGCAAACUGUUUCUCUGGGGUAUUGUCAAGUGGUGCGGGCUCGGAGGGUUUGCUUCUUACACCAACUCCAUGAUCAAAUUCCUGGAGUCCAAGGUCUCCAUUGCAUUCCGAACUCGCCUCACUCGGUAUAUCCAUGAUUUGUACCUCAACGACAACCUCAAUUACUACAAGCUUUCCAACUUGGACGGAGGCGUUGGUCAAGGCGCGGACCAGUUCAUCACCCAAGAUCUGACACUAUUCUGCGCCUCGGCCGCAAAUCUGUACUCCUCGCUCGGAAAACCAUUUGUUGACAUCUGCGUGUUCAACUACCAACUGUAUCAGUCGCUUGGUCCCCUGGCGCUGACUGGUCUUCUGAGUAAUUACUUCUUGACGGCGAGCAUUUUGCGGAAACUUUCACCUCCGUUUGGUAAGCUCAAGGCCGUGGAGGGGCGGAAGGAGGGCGACUUCCGGGCGUUGCAUGCGCGCCUAAUUGCAAACGCCGAAGAGGUAGCCUUUUACGGCGGCGCUGAAAUGGAAAAGUCUUUCUUGAACAGGGAAUUCAAGUCUCUCAAGACUUGGAUGGAGGGCAUCUACAUGCUCAAGAUUCGCUACAACAUCCUAGAAGACUUCAUCCUGAAGUACAGCUGGAGUGCCUACGGCUACCUACUUUCAUCUCUCCCGGUCUUUCUUCCCGCCUGGGGAGGUCUAGGAGGCGCCGGCGAGAUGGCCGAGACCGCUGAGAAGGGACACCGAGAACGCAACCGCAUGAAGGACUUCAUCACUAACAAACGUCUUAUGCUGUCCUUGGCCGACGCUGGCGGUAGAAUGAUGUACUCGAUCAAGGACCUGUCAGAACUGGCAGGGUACACCAGCCGUGUCUACACUUUGAUUUCCACCCUUCACCGGACGCAUGCCAAUGCCUACUUCCCGCGGCCCACUGGGAACGAGCUUUACUCUCUGUCUGAUAUCCAAGGAACCAUCCAAAAAGGGUUCGAUGGUGUCCGGCUGGAGAAUGUACCCGUGGUUGCUCCGAGCCUCUGGCCGCAGGGCGGAGAAGAGCUGAUCGAGUCACUGGGCUUGAUUGUGCGCAGGGGUGAGCAUUUGCUCAUUUCUGGCCCAAAUGGCGUGGGCAAGACUGCCAUUUCAAGAAUCCUGGCAGGCCUAUGGCCUGUAUACCGUGGGCUCGUGAGUCGGCCCAAGUCCAUUGGCGAGGAUGGCAUCAUGUUCUUGCCCCAGCGUCCAUAUCUCAGCAUUGGUACGCUACGUGACCAAGUCAUAUAUCCAGAUGGUGAGCUGGACAUGCGACUCAAACGCAAGUCCGAGGACGACCUGAAGAGCGUUCUUGAUGCCGCCCGUCUGGGAUACCUGCCUGACCGAGAAGGUGGCUGGGACACUCGGAAGGAGUGGAAAGACGUUCUCAGCGGCGGCGAGAAGCAGCGUGUUGGGUUUGCGCGUCUUCUGUACCAUGAACCCCAGUACGCCAUCAUUGACGAAGGCACAAGUGCCGUGUCCAGCGACGUCGAAGGUCUACUAUACGAGACGUGCAAGGAGAGAGGAAUUACCCUGAUCACCAUCUCAACCCGCGCCUCCCUGAAGAAAUACCACACCUUCAACCUUGUCCUGGGCAUGGGCGGCAACGGUGACGAAUGGGAAUUCGAGCGCAUCGGCACAGAACGCGAGAAGAUGCAGGUGGAGCGCGAGCUCCAGGAGCUGCGCGAGCGACUUGCCCAGGUUGAGCAGUGGAAAUCGCGCCGUGAGGAGAUUGAGAAGGAGCUCGCUCAGGUCUGGACUGAGAGCGGGGAGGAUCCCUUGAGCCCGCCGCCGUAUACUGUUGAGGAAACCCAACCGGAAUCUGCUCUGUCUGAAGAACUUGUGAAGGUGGACGAUGAGGUGAAGAGUGGGAGUGAGUAAAAGUAGGGAUGGGUGAAUGGAUGAAUUCGGGCAUGUAUGAGUAUCAAUGCUUGCAUGGGAAUGAGGUGAAUUGGAAUGUCUUGUAUUAGAUCUGUGUUAUCUUGAUGGUCGCGAUCUCGAUACUGCUCGUUCUCUAUUCUUCUUCACGGGCGCCAUUGAGUGUCGUGUAUUCCGUAGAGCCAUCUCCAUGUAACCUAUUUCGGUUGAAGCACACGUUGAUUACUAUGUCGCAGCUCAGCACUUGCUUCAAAUUCAUUCUCAGCGCUCAGUAUUCGAAGUCGAAGGUUAGGUUAAGCACCAACGAUUCCCC